GUCCCUGUGUGUCUCUAUGGGUCCCUAAGUGUCUCUGUGUGUCUCUAUGGGUCGCUAUGGGGCAGCUCUGGGUCUCUGUGGAUCUCUAUUGGGCUGCUAUGGGGCGAUCCUAUAGAUGCUAUGGGGCGAUCCUAUAGAUGCUAUGGGGCGGCCCUAUGGAUGCUAUGGGGCAGCCCUAUGGGUGCUAUGGGGCGAUCCUAUAGAUGCUAUGGGGCGGCCCUAUGGGUGCUAUGGGGCGAUCCUAUAGAUGCUAUGGGGUGAUCCUAUAGAUGCUAUGGGGUGGCCCUAUGGGUGCUAUGGGGCGAUCCUAUAGAUGCUAUGGGGCAGCCAUAUGGGUGCUAUGGGGCAGCCCUAUAGAUGCUAUGGGGCAGCCCUAUGGGUGCUAUGGAGUGAUCCUAUAGAUGCUAUGGGGCAACCCUAUGGGUGCUAUGGGGCAGCCCUAUAGAUGCUAUGCAGUGAUCCUAUAGAUGCUAUGGGGCAGCCCUAUGGGUGCUAUGGGGCGGCCCUAUGGGCGCUCUGGGGCUGGGGAAGCAGUGGGGCAGCCCCAUAGCAGUUGUAGGGCGGCUCUGAACCCCCCCCCCCCCCACAGGAAGCGACGGAGAUGAGGACUCCGCCCCUCCGCCCCCCCCCGAGGGGGGGAUCCUGCGGCGCCUGCGCAGUGGGGCGGGGGCGUGGCUAGGGGCGCUGCUACGGGGGGCGGGGCCAGAUCCCCGCUCCCCCCUGACCGCCCCCCGCCCCAGCAUGGCGGUGCCACGUGACCCGGAGAACGAAGAGGAAGGCGAGGAGGAGGACGAGGAGGACGAGGAGGGGCGGAACGGAAGUGACGUCACUCAGGGGGCGGGGUCUUACCCGGCGGACUUCCGGCCGCUCCGCUCGCGCAGCCCUGCCCCCGCCGCUCCCCCCGCCCCUCCUCCGCCGCUGUCGCGACAUCCGCUCGUAUCGCCGCUGCUCGCGACAGACGGGGCGCUGCGCGGCCUGCCGCCGGUGCACAUCGUGGCCUGUGAGCAGGACCCGCUGCUGGACGACGCCGUUUCCCUCGCCCGCCGCCUGAGGGCGCUGCGGCUCCCGGUGUCGCUGCGCGUCGUCCCCGCGCUGCCGCACGGCUUCCUCAGUUUGUCGCCUCUGUGCCCGGAGGCGCGCGGCGCCGCCGCUCUGUGCACGCGCCUCAUCCGCAGG